GAACGCCAGGGGGCAGCAGCGGGCGCGGGGGCGGCGCCGCCCGGGCCGGAGCCGGUCCCGCUCCCCUUCCGCCGGGCCGGCCUGCGCUCCGGCCGGGAGUUUCGGCCUCUUCCAGCAGUUCCACGUCUGCGUUGGUGGUUUUAGUGACCAUCUCGAGUUUGCCUCGGUUUGAUGGAAUAGCCGGACUGGUUGCCUUGGAGGUUUUUUGGUUGUUUUUUUUUUCUUUUUGGUUGGGGUUUUUUUUUUUUUUUUGUGAUUUUUCAUUGGAGGAUACAUGCCAUUAGGGAAGGAGUAAAAGGCACGUCUUUUUUCAACAUCUGUAUCUGAAACUUUAAAGUGAAGUUACCUUUAAGACGUUACUCUCGGAAGCGCGAGAACCGGAACUGGAACUGAAUUUAUUCAUCCACUUCUCCAAGCCUUUUGAAAAGUGACUAAAUGCAACUGAGUCAGAUUGUUUGUGGGUAUGAAGUGGCUGGGAGAAUCCAAGAACAUGGUAGUGAAUGGCCGGAGAAGUGGAAGCAAGUCAUCUAAUGACCACACGCAGACCAAAUUGCAGCAUGCAGGAAAGGAGAAUCCAAAGACGGGCAAAAAUGGAGUUGAGAGAAGAUCAAGCAGAUGUAGUGGUGCUUCAGGAUUUGAGGGUCAAAGUCGUUAUGUGCCUUCCUCUGGAAUGUCUGCCAAGGAACUCUGUGAAAAUGAUGACCUAGCAACUAGUUUGGUUCUUGAUCCCUAUUUAGGUUUUCAGACACACAAAAUGAAUACUAGAUUUCGACCUAUUAAAGGAAGGCAAGAAGAACUCAAAGAGGUGAUUGAACGUUUUAAGAAAGAUGAGCACUUAGAAAAAGCCUUCAAGUCCUUGACGUCAGGUGACUGGGCCCGGCACUAUUUUCUUAACAAGAACAAAAUGCAGGAAAGGUUGUUCAAGGAACAUGUAUUUAUUUAUUUACGAAUGUUUGCAACUGACAGUGGGUUUGAGAUACUACCUUGUAAUCGGUAUUCUUCUGAGCAAAAUGGAGCCAAAAUCGUUGCAACUAAAGAAUGGAAACGAAAUGAUAAAAUAGAAUUACUUGUGGGCUGUAUUGCUGAACUAUCAGAAAUGGAAGAAAACAUGCUGCUGAGACAUGGGGAAAAUGACUUCAGCGUCAUGUAUUCCACACGAAAAAACUGUGCACAACUGUGGCUUGGUCCUGCUGCAUUUAUCAAUCAUGAUUGCAGACCUAACUGUAAGUUUGUAUCAACGGGCAGAGAUACAGCAUGUGUGAAAGCUCUAAGGGAUAUCGAACCUGGAGAAGAAAUCUCUUGCUACUAUGGAGAUGGGUUUUUUGGGGAAAAUAAUGAAUACUGCGAGUGUUACACCUGUGAAAGACGUGGAACUGGUGCUUUUAAAUCAAGAGUGGGGUUGCCAGCACCUACUCCUGUGAUUAACAGUAAAUAUGGACUGAGAGAAACAGACAAACGAUUGAACAGACUUAAAAAGCUGGGGGACAGCAGCAAGAAUUCAGACAGCCAGUCCGUCAGCUCUAACACUGAUGCAGAUACCACUCAGGAAAAAGGUAAUGCAACUAACAGAAAAUCUUCAAUUGGCGUAAAAAAGAACAGCAAAAAUAGAACAUUAACCAGACAGUCUAUAUCGAGAAUUCCAGCAUCAUCAAAUUCUACCUCAUCUAAACUAACUCAUAUAAAUAAUUCCAGGGUACCAAAGAGACUGAAAAAGCCUGCAAAGCCUUUACUUUCAAAGAUAAAGUUGAGAAAUCAGUGCAAAAGGCCAGAGCAAAAGAACGCUUCUCGAAAGCUUGAAAUGGGAAAUUUAGUUCUCAAAGAGCCUAAAGUAGUUUUGUAUAAAAACUUGCCCAUUAAAAAGGAUAAAGAAUUGGAGGGACCAGUCAAAGUUUCGGUCUCUAGCGGAUGCUUAACGAGGCAUGCAGCGAGAGAACAUAAACUGAACUCUGUGAAAGGUGCUUAUGAGCAUGGUGAUAUUGCACCCUGCACGUACAUCACGAGGAGGUCGAUGAGAACAAGGAUGAGUUUGAAGGAGACCUCUGACACAAAGCUUGAACCAAAUACUUUGGAUAGCUAUAAGAGUAACUUGACUGGAACACAAUCGGACAUUGCGGAGCAGCAGUCUCGUGCGUUAAACGACAACGGUGUGGCUCAUGGACCAGCACAUAGAGGGGAGGGUCGGUGCCAGAAAAGUGAUGCAGGCACAUCAAAAAAGAAAUCUCGACAAGGAAAGCUUGUGAAACCGUCUUCAAAAACAGAGGAAACCGAUACUAUGCACAACACGCCUGUGAAGGAUGAAGUACCAGAUUUGGUUAGUUCUCAUUCAGAACUCGAAGAGAGGAACAAGGUGGUGGACACACCUGUUGGCUUUAAAGACUGUAUCCCUGGAUCUGGUGGCUGCUCUGUAACAACUGACAAUUUUAAAGCAAAAGACAGCUUUAGAACUGCAAAAAGUAAAAAGAAAAGACGAAUCACAAGGUAUGAUGCACAACUUAUCCUUGAAAAUAGCUCUGGGAUCCCUAAACUGACUCUUCGUAGGCGCCAUGAUAGCAGUAGCAAGGCAAAUGAUCAAGAGAGUGAUGGAAUUAAUUCUUCAAAAAUAAGCAUAAAAUUAAGUAAAGACCAUGAAAAAGAUAAUAAUUUAUAUGUAGCAAAGCUAAAUAAUGGGUUUAACUCAGGAUCAGGCAAUAGUUCAACAAAAUUAAAAAUACAGCUAAAACGAGAGGACGAAAACAGAGGGACAUACCCAGAGGACCUUCAUGAAAAUGGUGUGUGUUGUAGUGAAACUCUGUCCCUUUUGGAGUCGAGAAUGGAAGUAGAUGAUUAUGGUCACUAUGAAGAGGAAACAGCAGAUGAGUCUUCAUCGGAAGAGGACGAUGAAGAGGAAGAUGACUAUGAUGAUGAAUUUGAUGACUUUAUUCCUCUUCCUCCAGCGAAGAGAUUAAGGCUUAUUGUUGGCAAGGAUUCAAUAGAUAUUGAUAUUUCUUCCAGGAGGAGAGAAGAUCAGUCUUUAAGGCUCAAUGCAUAAGCUUAUAGGUCUUAAACUGACCUGGAUGUCAUUUCUAAAAAAAAAAUUAAAAAGCAUUUAAAAAAAUAAUAAUAAUUUAAAAAACAACAAAAAUUCCAUUUGAUUAUUCCUCAGCUAAAGAACUUUCGGAAAAACUUAGUGGCAGCACUUCUUUAUUCACCUAUCAACGUAAUAUUGUAGAAAGUGUACAGCAUACUGACUCUUCUUAAGUCUGAUUUGUGCAGAUUUUUAUUGUACUUUUUAAUAGCCUUCUUAUGUGCAAUUCCAAGUUAGAGGUAAUGCUCUGUUGUAAAAUAAAGGCUCAAGCAAAGUUAUGAAAUUGCAUCAGAUCUUUCCAUGCAGGACAAUGAGAAUACAGUGUGGCUACAGAAUUAUUUUUGAUCAGUAGGAGCGUAGUUUGCUCUUACAAUGUUUGACUAAACAAUUUACAAAAUCAUAGUAGCAGCAUAUUAAGGUUUUUUAGUAUAUGUUAAUAUCACCAGCAAUGAUCUACAGCUUUCUGAUUUAUUUGCUAGAUGGUUUUUCCCCCUCGGAGUUUGUCAGUUUUAACACUGUAUGCUGUCCCAGACGUACUGUUUGUGGCCUUUGUUAUAGUAGCAAACCGUUGGUUGGAAGUCAAAUUGAUUUCUUUAAAAAAGAGAAAAAAAUAUUAAAAGGUGUUGACAAUUUGCUGACUUUUUAGUACAUUAUAUGUACAAGGGUAGCAGUAUGCAGAAUAAAGUUUGGAUAUGGUGUAUUUAUUGCUUGUUACGUAAAUUAAACACCUUGUAUUUAACACUUUUCAAUACUUUUAGAUAAAAUUGUUCUUUGCAAGAAUGAUUGGUGCUUAUUUUUUCAAGAAUUUGCUGUGAAAUAAUGUGAUUACGACGGGCAACAUUUAUCCAAUGAACUGCAGCUAUCCUAAAUUGGUUCUUCAUAUUUUUCUGUUGCACUUGUAAAAUGCUACAAGGAAUUUAAAGAAAAAUCUAUUCACUUUAACUUAUGAUAGUUUUAUCAAAUUAAAAACAACUAAGUCACAGCUUUUGUUCUGUGGUAACCUAUGAUUUGUUUGUCUUUUAAGAACCAGUUGUAAAAGACUGAAAAAAUAUGUAUAUGUUGUAAAUAUUUGUGUGUUGUGAGAAAUUUUGUCAUAAGAAAUUGAGAUAACUUGCCAGAAGGGUUUUUAAGUUUAGAAAUACAUCCAUGCCAAUAAAAUAGGAAACUGUAAACCUAGUUUUAAACUCUGCAUCAGUUGGAGUUCUUUGCUCAUACAUAGUUCACUUAAUACUUCAGAGUCUGCUUUAUAACAAUGAAGAGCAUCAGGGCGAUCUUUGGCUCUUUGGUUUUUAAUAAAAGAAUGUUAGGAAA